AUGGCUGACGCUUCUUCGACAUGGCGAAGCGGAGCUUCCUCAUCCGCAUCGGCCACUCCCAACGCUCCCACCGGCGGCAGCGGCAGCAGCAGCUCUAAUUGGGGCCGUGGUACCAGUACGUCCUCGUCUCAAACCGCCAAAAAGAAAGGCGGUGCUUCUCGUCCCAGAGGAGGAGCAAGAGGAGGAGGAGCUGCGUCCAAAGUUGACUCCGCCACCUCGUCGGCUGAACCUGCUUCCGCCUCGACCGCCUCGACCACCUCAAGCACCACCGCCACCAGCGUCACCGCCUCUAAGUUCAGAUCAGGUGCCCCCGCUAAGUCGACCAAGUUCCUCCCAACGCAGCCACUGCCCUACAACUCCCUCCAAAACAUCAAGGACUACUACCACGGCCUCCUCGAAAGCGGUCUCGUCAAAAAAGCUUGGCUCGAUAAUGCCAAGAAUCCCAUCCAGAACUACGUCCUUCACCGCACAGGCACCUAUCCCGUCUACACGGUCGAAGAGGGUCAGGUCGAAGGAAGAAGGGAUACCAACUUCCGCUGCACCCUCCAUUUCGAUCCUGAAUUCGAUUGGCACGUCUACGGCGACGCAAAGACCGCCAAGGAUGCCGAACGCGUUGCUGCGCUUCAUGCUGUCCUCUUCCUCCAGAACCGCGGCGACAUCUUGUCCAAGACGCCGACUGCCACAGCUCCUGCUCCGCUCGUCCCUCAACAACAGGGUCCCAUUGCCAAACUCAGCGACGGCACCGAACUCACCGUGCAGCGUGCGCGCGAAUUCAUCGACUUCUACUGCAAGCGCUUCAACUUGGGCAAACCUGAUAUCCGCCAAUCUGCAGGCAAGCAGGGCAAACCCAAACGCGGCGGCGCCAAAUCAUCUUCUUCCGCUAGCCAGCCACACGCUUCGAUGUACAUCGCCGGCAAUGAGAUUGGUGCCGCCGUCGGAAAGAACAAGAAGCAGGCCGUCGCCAACUGCUACCUCGAAUCUGUCCAGUAUAUCGAGUCCACCGAUCCCUCGCUCUGGAAGACCUUUUCGCUGCUUCACAAGCCCGGUAUGUCGAUCAACAAGGCGCCUCACGUCACGUUCAGCAUGAGCGACGAGCUCGACGACUCGGUUCAGAACAUCUACGAUACCAUGAUCCGCAGCAAGAUUUACGCCAAGCGUCCACGCACGAUCGGUGUUGCUACUGCUGGCGAAGACCCCAAUGCUGCCUCCAGCGAUGCCAACGACCAGCUCGCAAAGCAGCGCCAGAUGCGUCAGCAGCGCGCACGCCGCUUCAACCAGCAGUUUGGCGCCACCGAAGACUCGCUGCAACGCAAGAGCGAACAGCUCGAACUCUCGCUCGCCAACUACUACUCGGACGAUGCUAUGGCCAGCAUGCGCAAUCAGCGUCUCAGCCUCCCUGUCUCGCAAAAGCAGUCCGAUGUCCUGGUAAAAGUCGAGCUCAACCAGGUCACCAUCUGCAUGGCUGCCACCGGUUCGGGCAAGACCACUCAGAUUCCCCAGAUCCUGUUUGACGACUACAUCCUGCAAGGUAAAGGCGCAAAGUGCAACAUUGUCUGCACACAGCCUAGGCGUAUCGCUGCCAUCAGCGUCGCUGAGCGUGUGGCGAAAGAAAGAGGCGAGAAGCUUGGUCAGACUGUCGGCUACCAGGUCCGUUUCGAGGCCAAACCACCUCAGCCCAACGGUUCCAUCACGUUUUGCACCACCGGUGUCUUUUUGCGACGUCUGCAGUCAGCGCUUGGCGACGCCGAGUCGUCCAACACUUUCCUCGACUCCAUCACCCAUGUCGUCAUCGACGAAGUGCACGAGCGGGACGUCGAGACCGAUCUGCUCCUGGUCGUCAUCAAGCGUCUCUUAGCCGAGCGUCGCAGGCUUGGCAAGAAGGAGAUCAAGGUCGUCCUCAUGAGCGCCACCAUCAACCCCACCCUCUUCCAAUCCUACUUUGCCGAUCCUUCGGGCAAUCCUGCUCCCGUCGUCGAGAUCCCCGGCCGAAGCUUUCCCGUCGAAAAGCAUUACCUGGAAGAGACGGUGCGCAACCUAGAGGCGCUUCGCCUGACACCGCAGAUGGGUGGGUGGGUCUGGGCCGAGAAGAACGUCCGCGACUACAUCGAGCGGGAGAUCUACCAACGAGGCAUCUCGAACUCGCGCAACAACAACGGCGGCGGUGCACGAGGCGGCCCUGGGGGUGGAUACGGUCAUGCUAACAACGGCGCCAUCACAGCUGCAGGCGCCAACGAGCCGGUCGAUCCCAUGGCAGACCAAGUCGACGACCUGGAGAUCCCUUACCCGCUUGUCGCCCUCAUCAUCGCAUACGUGCUGUCCAUCUCGGACGAUGGCCAUGUGCUCGUCUUCCUUCCCGGUUGGGACGAGAUCAAGGCGGUCAAUCUGCUGCUCACCGAUACUCAGUAUCAUCCGCUCCUCCGCACCGACUUUAACGAUCGCGAUCAGUACGAGAUCCACAUUCUCCACUCGACUAUCCCCGUCCAAGACCAGCAGGCCGUGUUCGAACCGGUACGUCGCAAAGGCAUCCGUCGCAUCAUCCUCGCUACCAACAUUGCCGAGACGUCGAUCACCAUCCCUGACGUGGUCUACGUCGUCGACACGGGUCGCGUCAAGGAGAAGCGUUUCGACCCGGAGCGACACCUCUCGAGUCUGGUCUCGGCAUGGGUCGGCACUUCUAACCUGAACCAGCGUGCGGGACGUGCCGGUCGUCAUCGUGCCGGAGAGUACUUUGGUGUGCUCAGCAAGGCGCGCUACGACCGCCUCAAGGUCAACCAGACCGUCGAGAUGAAGCGAACCGACCUCAGCAAUGUCGUUAUGCACAUCAAGGCGCUCGAUAUUCCUGGCAUGGAGGUGGAGGACGUGCUGGCAUCGGCCAUCGAGCCACCUGCGCCGGAACGCGUUCUGGCGGCCAUGGAGAAGCUCAAGAUGGUCGGCGCGCUCGACAUGUACAAGAACCUGACGUCGUUGGGCCGCGUGCUGUUGCAGCUGCCCGUCGACGCUCCUAUGGGCAAGAUGUGUCUGUACGGCGCCUUCUUCCGCUGUCUCGACCCGGUGCUUUCGUUGGCGGCCAUCUUGACGAGCAGGGAUCCGUUCAUGGCGCCGAUGCAUCUGCGCGAGGAGGCCGAGAUGAUCAAGGACCGCUGGUGUCCGCCCGACUUUCGGUCAGACGCCCUGUGCAUCCUGCGCGCCUAUACACGCUGGUGGGAGCUGCAGUCGCGCGGCGACUUUGCUGCUGCCAACCGGUUCUGUCAGGACAACUUCCUGAGCAAGCUGACGCUGUUGCAGAUUCAGCAGGUCAAGGAGCACCUGUUCCAGUCGAUGGAGAAGGCGGAUAUCAUCUCGGUGAUCCAGAGUUCGUCGCUCGCCGGCAACGGUAACGGAAACACCUACUCGCGAUACCGACGACCGCGCGAGACGGACGCCGAGUUCAACACGAACUCGGAUGUCACGUCGCUGCUGGCUGCACUGGUGGCGGUGUCAUCUCCCCCCAACUUUGCGAUUCGAAGCGGCAAAGCGAGCUACCGGACGUCGCAGGACAAGUCGUGUCUGAUGCACCCGUCGUCGAUCUGCCACACCAAGUUUACAAAGCACAAGCCGUGGGAUGCGGCCAACAUGGGCGAGAAGGAGAUCUUUGCGUUUAGUGAGAAGAUCCGCAACGCGUCGGGGAGUGCGGGCAACAAUGCGUCGACGAUGCUGCGCGGGUGUACACGGUUGGACCCGCUGACGUUUAUGCUGUUCGGUGCGACCGAGGUACGGGUGCUGGGUGAGGGCGUAGAGUGCGAUUUCUGGCUGCCGAUCACUGGCAACAUUGAGUCGCUGGACAACUUGGAGAAGUUGAGGUCCAUCAUGGACGUCAUCAUGCUUCGCGUGUUCGAGGGCAUUGGCAAGGCGAAGAAGGGCCGGGCGGUGCAGCAGCAGAGGAGGAGGGGGGAUGAAGAGGAGGACGAGGUGGGAGAGGAUGACGAGGAUGAUGAGGGCUGGGGCGACCGAACGGAUCUGUCGCUGUCGGCGCAGGAGAUCGGCGAGUUCGAGUACAUGAGUCAGGGCAUCGUGCAUAUCUUGGACGGAUACGCUCAGGAGCGAGGCUGGGGGUCCAGCAGCCGCGGUUCGACGCGCCCGUCCAGUCCUGCGUCGUUUGGCAUGGGUGGGCUCAGCCUGCAGCACGAUCCUGCGCGCGCGGCGACGGCGACGGCGGCGGCGGGAGGAGGCCUUGGUGGUAGCAGCGUGUACGCUGCGGGCAGCCGCGGCGGGUCGUCGAGCAACCUAUCCUCAGCCGGCGAGGGCGCGGCGUCGAGAAAGGCUCGAAGGCCGCCAAAGGCUGUCGGAUCCGCUGCAAGGGACUAA